AUGAGCUUGAGUCAAUUGUCUAAUGAUGCCCUCAAUGCCGCACUUAGAGCUGCAGCAAGAGCAGUCAUCCAGUCCCUACAGGCAAUGCCUGAACUGCAGGGAGCUAAGGUUGCAAUUGUCGGUGGGAUGGCGAUCUACCAACUUGUGCUGAUGAGGCGAUGCAUCCUGGUGCAGGAUGUGGAUGUUCUGAUUUUCAGGCCUAACAAGCCCAUUGACACCCAAUGGGUCCGCAAGGAGCUGGUCUCCCGUUUCCCGAAGUCCUUCAGGGUGUGUGGACAGCCGCUGUUCUUCAGGUACAAACAGAAGGCCAAACGGAAGGGCACACGGAAGGGCAAACGGACGCACUUAGUGCAGGUGGACAUAAUUCCAGGGCACUUGCCACCGUACCUGCCUGUGGAGGCAACGACGCUGGAAGACAUCAACUUCAAGCAUCUGCCGUUUGUUCCGCCAUUGGACCAACUCGCAUAUAAAGUCCACAGCUCAAGCAUGCGUUCCUGUCUCAAAAAGCAAAAACAGGACGCCGAGGACGCGAUGAGGCUCUGGCAAACUCUAUACAACCAAGACGCGUCCGCUUUGGGGAUCGCGCCCGUGUUCUCGCCGCUUUUGCGCCCAUCGCCUGCCGCCUCAUGCCUCCCGCGCGAUCUAUAUAACCCCAUCUACCCUCCCUCGAAAGGCGACGCACUUUCUCUUCCUCUUUCUCCUGCUGCCUGCCUCGCCCCAAGUGCACUGCCCCCUUCCCAGGAUGCCGCGUUAUCCGAACACUACCCCUUUUCGGUAUGGCGCCGUCGGCGUCUCCUCUUUUCUCGCCCCAGUCAACAUCAGAGUCGCCGACAGCUCGACCUAUUGGUAACUAUUGCUCCGUUGGUUUCUCAGCUAUCCACGUCUCCCUUGUCCAUGUGCACCCUAUCGCGUGUGGCCACCGUCGGGCCACCUGGGCCCGUGAGAUCAUGGCGAAUUGCGCCUUGUGUUUGUGCAGCACUAUUUCUGCGUCUCCUCCAUCUACAGGGACGUGAGGUGCCAGGUGAGGCAGCAGGAAUCUUCCGCGCGGCUGGAAUAAUCCUUCUCUUCGACCCCUCACCGCGGGUCUCUGAAAAGGGGACGAAUUCUGCUUCGGUGGCUCUUUUCCCCUCGAUGUGUACGGUGGGAGCGACGAGACAAUUCACCGAGGAGCGAAAGUAUAAGAAGGAUGAUCGAACUCCCGAGGAUAGCAGUAUAGGGGCUUGCUUUCCUUCAACACUUGCACAUUUCCUUUUACUCCAGUCUCAUUCCCGUCUCAUGCCUAAUCCUCGCGCAGUCACAUUCCACCAGCAUAUCCCAGUCUCCCCUUACCCCAAUAUGUUGCCUGUAUUUCACGCUGAUAACUUCAAGACAUGGACUCCCCCUUUCCGCACGAGAUCCUCCUCCAAGCGCUCACGCCUACACCCUCCUUCCAAUGAGUCCCCUGCCAUCAAAUUUCCUCAGUCACCCCUCCCCCAAGCAUUGCCAUUGCCCAAGCAUCAGCUCCCGGCGCGGCCCCCAGCCGAGGUUUGCGUUCAUGCAAGUGCCGUGACCCCAUCUGGCACCUUCCGGGGCCCUCAGUCUCCGUCCCAGAAGUCAUCUAGGCUGCACUCUGCCACGACGCCUGCCACGACGCCCGCCACAUCAUCCGACACGCAGCACGCAGAGCGCGGAGCUGGUCCAUCAUCAAAUUCGGAUUUAUCCACGUCACGCGAAGUUCACAAUGCCAUUGAUGCCUCAAUUGAUGCGCUCUUUUUUCCAGAGGACGCCUUGACUUAUAUAUCGUCACCCAGUGUAUCCAGCUCGGACGAGAGCUGGCAAGAGUUUCUCCAACCGGCAGACGAACAAAAUGGGAUUCUGAUCGACCCGGUGAUCCUCACCAACAAUGGCCCCUGGGAGACAGAAGAUGAACGCCAGCAUAUUCACGCGGACGGCGAUGCCGUCAUCUCGGAGACCAUUUGUCAAUAUCCCGACCCUCCACCACUUCUCCGCGACACGCGUGCCGAGAAUAGAAACUCUAACGCAUAUCCUGAAGCGCAGGAAGGAAACUCUCGGUCGGAUAGCCCGCUACACAACCAGUCACACGCACAAGUAUCUGCCGAUAACAACCCCGAAGCCCACAUUCGUGCGUCCAGCAACCCCCUCGAGGUCCCAACCAGCGGCCAACAGUCGAAACGCCGCAAGCGAAAGUUGUAA